CAUACCAACACUUUCAGAGCAUUUAUACGAUGUCGUUCUAAAGGCAGUUAUUAAGCUGCAAUGGCUCCGACGCCGGAUGAUGAUCUUUUUAUUGAGCCAGCCAGCGACGAGGAUGUCGUCUACGGGGAUUACAAUUCCACUUCUCGUUCGAUCAUCGACAUCAGCAAAGUCGAGGAAAAACCUCAGCUUGACUUUUGGGAAACCUCCAGGAUGGAUGGGGCGUCUUCCUCUGGCCCAAGACCGUAUAUCCGUCUCACUUCGCAGCUGAAAAACGCAACACGGCCAUCCGGAGGAGAAGUUCGAUUUCGAUGUGAAGCCAUUGGAACGCCUCCCCUUUCAUUCACAUGGCUGAAAAAUCACGCGCCAAUCGAAAAAUCUCGCCGAGUGAAGGUACGGAAUCGUGAGAACUCAUCUCGUUUGGUCAUCACCGAGUUGGAUGUGCUUGAUUCUGGUUACUACCAAUGUAUUGCGUCAAAUUCAGCUGCCUCUGUCAACACUACCAGUAUUCUUCGGGUUAACAAUGUGCCUGAUUCAGCCGUGAAAUCACGGAAAGGAGGCAAGCCACAUUCUUUGGACGAAUACGAAGAUUACGAACUGAUGGAUAGGGGUCGGUUGCCGGACGAGGAAGAAGCGGACCUCUUCCGCGUGCCGGACAAUGCUGCUGGACCUGGAUUCGUUGCAUCCGGGUCGACGGAUAGAUGGCUGGACGGGAUGAAGUAUCGCGUUGGCGAUUGCAUACCGUAUCGAGGUGAAGCAUGCCGUCAAUUUUUGAGCGGUAGAAGUGUCAUGAUGACUUCGGAAAGCCGAGAAGACAUGUAUGACAUAGACCGAAAUCUCCGAGCUGCUAUGAUGUUCAUCAACAGCGCACCGACGAUCUCGCAACAGUGCCGACAGAUCUCUACCAAUGUUGCCUGUUUUCAUAUGUACAAAGUUUGUGAUCCACGAUCGGAUGGCAAACGAACGCUUAGCAUUUGCAAAAAGGAUUGUGAUCAAAUAGAGAGCCGGCUCUGCCCAUCCGAACUUGCCUUGGCCGCUCAGCACGAACUUGUCGGUGACGGUCCGAAAGCUCUCUUCCCAAAGUGUUCUGCGCUGUCGAUCUCUUCCGAAAACUGCAUUGCUGUUUUGGAUUCUCCUGCCAUGAUGAAUGCCGUGCCAGAAACGGAGAUCCCUCGUAACCAUCUUACCCAUUUCUGCUAUGUAGACAGCGGGAAACACUACGAAGGUACCGCUUCUACAACUAUGAGCGGAAAAACUUGCAUGAGCUGGAAUGAGGCCCCAUCAAGGGAGUACAAUGUGAACCGGUACCCUGAGCUUCGGUAUGGUCGAAAUUACUGUCGAAAUCCCGGUGGUAAAAAGACAAAACCAUGGUGUUAUUCUCAGCCGAUGGGGCAAGAAGAGUAUUGCGAUAUCCCGCAAUGUUCGAAGGACAUGUUUCCACAUUUGAGGGAAGGCAGUGGCAGUGGAAACAAUAAUGUUGGACUGGGAGAGUCAAUGACUUCGAUGUGGGAGAAUCUAGCUCCCCACUGGCAGCUGGCUGUUGUUGGAGGCGGUGUCCUAACGAUACUCCUGCUCCUACUUCUCUUCUGUUGCAUUUGUUGCUGUCGAACAAGGAAGAAAGCUUCGAAAGAUCGAGCUGGAGCUUCGGCGGCUCAUUCACUUCUGCCUACCACAAAUCCACCUUCUGUUGUUAAUAGCGCCACAAAUUCUGCCUACUACCAAAGGAAGCUCAAUGGAACCUCUACACCCAUAGUGAACAGGUCUGGAAUUGGGACUAGCCCAAUGGAAAUGGCUUCAUUACUGCCCACCCAUGCUGUGCCUCCACCCUAUAGCGACGGGUUUGUUCUACCAGCUGAGGAACCUUACCAUAUCCUUGAGAUCCCUGCCAAUCAGAUUAAACUCGGUGAUCUUCUUGGCGAAGGACAGUUUGGUGUUGUAUACAAAGGCUUCUGGACUGGAGGACUAAUCAGUGGGGAUCCUUUGCAGGUCGCUAUAAAGUCUGUUAGACCUGAUGCCACAAAUGCUGAUCGUGCUAGUCUUGAGGAAGAAGUUCGAACUGUAGCAUCCUUUGAUCACCCACAUGUAGUCAGACUACUCGGUGUCUCUUAUCUCAACGGUCGAUUAUCAGCAGUUUUCGAAUACAUGGUCAAUGGAGACUUGCAUGAGUUUCUACGAAUUCGUGCCCCAUCACAUCCUGAUCAUAAUCCCGCUGACGAUACCGCAGAUUUUAUGAGUAUUGCAACGCAGAUAGCUUAUGGAAUGGAAUACCUUGCUUCAAUGUCCUUUGUCCACCGAGAUCUCGCUUCGAGAAAUUGUCUUGUUGGAGAUCAGCGGAUAAUCAAGAUUGCCGAUUUUGGUCUCAUGAGGUCCUGCUACGAUGGAGACUAUUAUAAGAUGGUGCAUCGUUCGUGGAUGCCCGUACGGUGGAUGGCAAAGGAAGCGCUAGAGCAAGGUCGAUUCAGUGAAGCAUCAGACGUUUGGUCAUUUGGCGUGACACUGUGGGAGAUCUGGAGUUAUGGUCGACAACCCUACGGUUCAGCAUCGAAUCAGACGGUGAUCGAGUUGAUCGCGAACAGACAUCUGCUUGAGUGUCCACCGAAUUGUCCCACCAACAUCUAUGGGUUGAUGAUCGAGUGUUGGAAUGCAAAUCCGGAACGGCGACCGUCAUUCUCGGAGAUACACAGCCGACUACAAUCGUGGUUCCUCAGGCGCCGGUUGCAGAGGUCAGCCGAAUCGGGUCUCAUCACUGACUCGCACCGCUCCCUAUCAGCAACAGGCAGUACGUCAACGAAGAGCGGACGAUGCGAGUCCUCUGAUGAGGAGGGAUGCGAACUACGCGUACUCCGAUGACGCUGAUUCCGAUUAGUUCACAGAAAUGUUUGUUCUCGUUGUUAUGUAGGAAAAGAGGCAGUAGCUCAUUGCCACUUACAAAAAUAAAGUUUCACCCUUCUCAAAGUUGUUACUUAAAUAAAAUUGUCAGCCAUUGCCCCUUUCUUCCUCUUCCCUUUUCCUACCCAUAGCGGGCAUCUCAACUAUAGAAUUCGAUACUACAGGGUUUCCCAUUGCAUUGACCUCUCCUAGCACUUGUACAUUGUUUGUUCUGUCAACUUCACUGUAUUCCUUCUCGUUAAGUCCUUGAAAGAGCUUCUCCUUAUAUUUUCCAUUGUCAUAGACGGUUGUAACCUAAUAAUACGCACAGUUCUCUCGUACUCUUUGAAGAAGGGGUUCCGAUCAUAAUAUGUCUUAUAAUAUAAUUAUUGUCUAACUUAAGAUUGACGUUAAUGUUCUACAUCGUGUUUCUUUCAUUAAUGAGCUCAUUUUUCAUUCUGAUACUGCUAUAUCCACGAUGCAGGGUUGAGUUGAUGAGCUAUGUUCAUACUAUGUUUGCAAUUUCUGUAUUUUACUGUGAUCUGUCGCUUUUUGAGUGAAAAUCUAUAUUGUAAUCAAUUAAAUCUUCAUUAUC